AUGAUUAGCAACAGAGAGAUCCCCAAGCACGCUGAUUUGCAGCCCUACAACUUCGCCGUCGCUGGACACGAUGGCACACUCUGCGAUCCCGAAGGCGAGCUCUUCAUCAAGCCCUGUGUCCAGCAAGAAAUCGACUUUUACGAAAAGGCCUUCAAGGACCACCCCGCCUUUGCCGACUUGAUGCCCGAGUAUCUUGGCACCCUCGUCCUGAACGACGCAUCCGAUGUCCACGAUAUCGAGGAGCAGAUCCCCGCGGCUGUUGAGCAUAUGACUCAGCACUUCAAGGAGGAGGCAGUCCGGAUGGCCAAGCAACACGCUGCCGACGUCGCGGCGGCCGAGGCUGCCAAGGAGGCAGAUGCGCUGGCUGCUAGCAAGGACAAUGUCUCCUGGAAACCCAACAAGAGCCGCAAGAUUGCCACGGACAAGUCAGUGGUGUUGGAGAAUGCUGCCUACGGGUUCAAGCGCCCCAAUAUUCUGGACGCCAAGCUUGGUCAGAGACUUUGGGCAGACGAUGCGCCCAUGGAGAAGCGCAAGCGGUUCGACGAGAUCACCAAGGUCACCACAAACGGAUCGCACGGUUUUCGCAUCGCGGGCAUGCGCGUAUACAAGGGGGGGGAGAACCCAGACGAGUGGGACCAGGAAGGCUACAAGGUCUAUAACAAGGACCAUGGCAGGCUGGUGGUCAACAAGGACAACGUUGUGGAUGAGAUUCGCAAAUUCAUUUUUAACCCGCGAGCGAAUAUCGACGAGGACCUUGGGCGGGCUGUGGCCGAGGCUUUCGUCAACGACCUGAAGAGAGUGGAACAGGUCCUUGCCAGCUCAGAAACAAGAAUGUACUCGGCCAGUCUGCUGUUUACAUUUGAAGGAGAUGGUGAUGCGCUCAGGGCGGCCAUCGAGAACCAAACGCCAACAACCCCACCAAAGGAGGCUACCGAGAAGGAACCUGUUCCCCUCGCGUCCCGCGUUGACAGCGGCAUCGUUAUGGACGGUGAAGGAGAGAUUAUCCUGCCGCAGGGGAAUGGUACCACGAUUAAUGGAGUCAUUGAGGGAGACGUCAAGGUCCUCCAGCUCGCCGGGGAGGCGGAGAGCGAUGACGAAGAGUUUGCCUCACUGCCAAAGAUCUACUCGCUCAAGCUGAUCGAUUUUGCGCAUGCCACCUGGGUUCCUGGGCAAGGGCCAGAUGAGAACAGCCUUUUUGGCGUUAGAAGUCUUAUCAAGAUUUUUGAGGAGUUGACGAAAUAA